AAUAACAAAGGAACAGUCUGGACCUCGGAAAGGAUCGGAAAGGUAACGAACUAAGUAGCUCCGAAUAAGGUCCUUCAACUUAAAUUUCUUCUGCGAAGAAAACAAUUUUUUGUACUUUCCGAAAAGGAGCAAAUCUACCUCAAACUCUUAAGGAGUUUAUCGCCAAAUAUCAGCCCUUUGUUGUUUACACCUCUUUGCCGCAAGGCUUUUUGUACAUUUGCACUCGUCGAGGUGAGCCCAGCUCCGAGCGAUGUCCGGACCCCCCCCAGCUCCCCUCAGAUGAUCAAAGACUGUACCUUAUUGAUGCACUUUAGCGCCCUUCCCUCAGCGCCUUCCCCCUGCAGCUCAUGACCAAAGCGCCUGCCCACCCUCAGCCUCACGCCUUUGGCAUCCCCUCCGCACCCCUCCGGGAAGCCCCAGGAUGUUCCAGAGGUUCGCCAGUGUCCUCUUUGGGGAUGAUGUGGAGGAAGUGAGCCACCACUGGCCUGGAGAGCAGGGCUUUGGCCAGCCGGAGGGGGAUGAUGACGAGGAGUGGAUUCUUGUGGACUAUCUGGCCGAGGCCUGCUCUGACCCCUGUGGUGAGGACACCUCCAGCGUCCCCGACCAGGAGGACGAUGACGAGGAGGACCUCGUGAUGAUUCCCUCUCCCGUCGCCAGCUCCCCCGCCCUCUGCACCUCCUUCGACUCCACCUACGAGGCCGACCCCGACAGAGGACUGGAGGCGGGGGAGGGGGGCUUCCUGCACGUAGAGGCGUGCUCCCUGGAGGAGAGCUGGUUCGUCACGCCCCCACCCUGCUUCACCGGGCGGGGCAGCAAGCCCAUCCUGCUGGAGACCAGCCCCCUGGAGAACCUGCUGAUAGAACACCCCAGCAUGUCCGUCUACGCCGCCGCCCGCCACCUCAGCCCCCAGCGCCUCUCCCUCAAGCUGCCAUGCUCCCUCAACCUGAGCCUGGACCUCACCCUUCCUCCGGCCAACGCAGCUGCCACGGGCAAGGAGACAGGGCGCCGCACGAUGGAUACCCCACGCCAUAGGCCAGACGUGGCAGUGGGCCAGUGUCACGCCACCCUCCACACCACCUGCUACGCCGCCGCCCUCUCCGCCCGCUCCAGCCUCCUCGACCAGGUGCAGCAGGCCGGGCGCCUGGCCCAGAGGGCACAGCCCCUGUCCCGCAACGCCAUGCGCCGCCUCAACCUGCUGCGCCAGCCAGGAGGUGGCCGGCAGUCAAAGGCCACGGCCAUGUACCUUCACCAGCCGGGCCAGAGGCACCUCAACUACUGAGGACGAGGGGGCCGCUCCCCCCCCGCUCCUCCUCUUUCUCCAACUGUCGCCCCAUCCUUCCAUCCGUUCAACCCAACUAUCGCCCCAUCCUUCCAUCCAUUCACCCAACUAUCUGCCCAUUCAUUCACCCCUUCAUUA